UAAACAUUUAUUUUUUUUAAUAAUAAAAAUUAAUAAAUAAUCUACAAACAUAAAACAAGAGGAAGGAGAAGAAGGACCACUGAGUGAGACACUAUUAUAAACCAAGUUAAUUUACAACAUUAUUUUCUACUCGAAAUUUUAAGAGUUUUGGGUAAUAAUAUUUCUUAUUUUUUAGUAUUUUUUAAAUUUUUUAAAACUUAUUUUUGAGAGAGAGAACAAGUGGGGGAGGAGCAGAGAAAGAGGGAGGCACUGAAUCCAAAGCAGGCUCCAGGCUCUGAGCUGUCAUCACAGAGCCCAAUGAGGGCUCCAACCCAUGAACAGCAAGAUCAUGACCUAAGCUGAAGUCAGACGAUUAACCGACUGAGCCACCCAGGCGCCCCUGGGUAAUAUUUCUAACUUCAUUAUUUUGAAGACACUAAAUUGACUCCUCACUUUAAAUACACAAAUGCCUUUAAAAUGAAUAUAUUUUACAUAACAAUAACAUUAGUUUCCUCUUCUAUUUAUGUAAGACUUUUGAAUUUACGUAGUGUUUCAUACAUUGCCUCACUUAAUCCCUACAACUUUUUUUUUCUUUUUUGCUGUAUGUAGCAUUAUCAUUCUUAUUCUUUACAUGAAAGUUAUUAAUUUUCCAAAGUUCUCGCAAAUAGUAGGUGAUGGAGCAAGAGUUGGAGGCUGGAUCUUUGCAGCCCAAAUCUAGAAUUCUUGCCCCUGUAUCUCACAUACAAACCUGCUACUAAGAUUAUUCGAACAGUUAAAACAAUGGUCAUGAGAGUCAGAACUUGAGAGGAAAUUUUGAAUGUAUGGUUGAUGAAAGCAUAUUUCAUAGAUUUUCAACUUUUAGAACUCUGAUUGAACCAUACAAUAAAAAUAAUUGUCUGUCAUUGAAAAUGUGAAAUAGUCUUAACAACUAUGCGCCCUGAAUCCGUUAUUCACAAAGACACAUAUCAACAUAAAGGCAUAUCAGGGCACUGUGGGUGACCUUCCUUUCCCUAAAGGUGAGGAUGGAUGAAAAGAAUUUCUCUCACUGUCUCUCCAGGUGGUUGUACUGUUUGCAUGCUGAGUUGCACAGCUUUUAAAGGGCUUGCCCUGGGAUAUGACUGGGCUGGAUUUAGAAGGAGCCGGUCAUUGAAUAGCUCUGGUAAUUCUUGCAUCUCACAGUUAUGCGGCUGACAGCUCCUUUGGUGGAGAAAGCAUAGAUAUAUUUCAAGGUGAUGGUAGUUUUGUCCCUCUGGCAGCAAGCUGCUACGACCGGCUUAGCCCAUUAUCCCCUUCUCCCACUGGAUUUAAGCCUGGGGAGAAGUCCGGGGCUUUUGUCAGGAUAGAGAGUAAGGGAUGGGUAAUUAUUCCCUGUUCGUGCUCAGAGAGAACAGCACUAUAUUCUAAAGUAGCCUUCAAUUACUGAAAUGGGCUUGUCUAUGGUUCUAGUGACUUAUAAAUUACCCUUUGUAAAAACCAAUAUUUAACAUUACUAUUUUGGUGAUGUUACACUUUUAAUGUCUCACAUUUUAAGCUUCAUUAUACAAAACUUUGGAGAUACUGUUUAACAUUCAGGGAGUAAAAUGCACCUCUAUUUUUUUUAUUAGAAGAUUUAAAAGUAUAGAUGGCUACUGUGAGCAAAUUGAUUGAAAGCUCCACUGUAUAGUUGUCUACACUGUAAUUUUUCUCACCUUGACUUUCUUAAUCUCACAGGGUAGUUCUGUAAAAUCAAUGUAAAGCAAUUACAAAAUUUACAAUUCCAGAUGUUGUUAUUGCAUUAAUAUUUCCCUUUAAUAUCCAUUCUGGGAAAUACCUUUCAUAAAUAUUGCCACUUCAUAAAUAUUUUAAAAAAUAAAAUUCUCACAGAUCCCAAUUAAUUAAUUAUGUAAAAUGGUCCUAGCAUAUUUGAGGGGCAGUAUUUUCAGUUUGCUCACCUCCAGGAGCUCAACAUCACUUUCAUUCCCCUUUCAGCCAAAAUUAUAGCCAGAGAUGAGCAUUUCAAUUUGCAGCUGACAGUUUAGGGUUAAGAUAUGAUUCCAGGUAACAGAAGCCAAUGAGAGUACACCCAGUUGAUGUUUGUGACAUCAUCUUCCAGUCGGAGUACAUAGAACAGCUGAGGUAGCGUUCAGUUUCAGCCCCAGUGCCAUUAUGAUGGAUGUUUACAUCUCUUCAUUGAGAGCCAAUUAUCUCGCUUUUGUGUGAGGCCCAAGGAUCACUCAUGCUGCCAGGCUGCACAGAGCACUGUUGGAUCUAGCUGAACGAAUUGUUUUCCCUGUCUCUGUGUACAUGGCACAAAGGAAUGGAAAUAUAACUCCUACUCUUCUCAGAUGUUUCAAUGCGAUAUUAUUAAUGAUGUGAAACUUUAGCUCAAAGUUAAGGAGUCUCAGAUAUUUUCCUUCUCCAAAGAAUAAAACUACCCAGUGUAUCAACAUUUUCUGUACAGGACAGAUUAUGACAGCUACUUUCUUAAGUUUUUCAUUACAGAUUUUCAUUAUGCACUCAGGCCAUAGCUUCCUAAUCAAUAAAGUAAUUCCUACCAUGGGAGAAUGAAAAGGAGGAGAGACUGAAAGUAUAGAAUGCUUAAAUUUUAUCAAAUGAAGCAUAUUUUUGAAAUACUGGAUAAAAUGAGAUGCCUGCGAAAACGUUCCACAGUGUCAUUUUUGGGAGUUCUUGUCAUUUUCCUUCUCUUUAUGAACUUGUACAUUGAAGACAGCUAUGUUCUGGAAGGAGACAAACAGCUUAUAAGGGAAACAUCCACACAUCAGCUGAAUUCAGAACGCUAUGUGCAUACUUUCAAAGAUUUAUCGAAUUUCUCAGGAGCCAUCAAUGUCACAUAUCGCUACUUAGCUGCCACACCUUUACAAAGAAAGCGGUUUCUUACCAUUGGACUGUCGUCAGUGAAACGAAAAAAAGGAAACUAUUUACUUGAGACAAUCAAGUCAAUUUUUGAGCAGUCCAGCUACGAAGAGCUGAAGGAAAUUUCAGUGGUGGUUCAUCUAGCAGACUUUAAUUCAUCCUGGCGCGAGGUCAUAGUCCAGGAUAUUACACAGAAAUUUGCCCACCAUAUUAUUGCAGGAAGAUUAGUAGUUAUACAUGCUCCAGAGGAAUAUUACCCAAUCCUGGAUGGCCUUAAAAGAAAUUACAAUGAUCCAGAAGACAGAGUCAGAUUUCGUUCCAAGCAAAAUGUAGAUUAUGCUUUUCUGCUUAAUUUUUGUGCCAAUACAUCAGACUAUUAUGUAAUGCUUGAAGAUGAUGUUCGAUGUUCAAAAAAUUUCUUAACUGCCAUCAAGAAAGUCAUUACAUCCCUUGAAGGAACCUACUGGGUAACUCUUGAGUUCUCUAAGCUUGGCUACAUUGGAAAACUUUAUCAUUCUCAUGAUCUCCCACGUUUGGCACACUUUUUAUUAAUGUUUUAUCAAGAAAUGCCUUGUGAUUGGCUACUGACUCAUUUUCGGGGUCUUUUAGCUCAGAAAAAUGUGAUCCGUUUUAAACCAUCUCUCUUUCAGCACAUGGGUUAUUAUUCAUCAUAUAAAGGGACUGAGAAUAAGCUGAAGGAUGAUGAUUUUGAAGAAGAGUCAUUUGACAUCCCCGAUAACCCUCCUGCAAAUCUGUAUACCAACAUGAAUGUUUUUGAAAAUUAUGAAGCAAGCAAGGCUUAUAGUAGUGUCGAUGAGUACUUUUGGGGAAAACCACCUUCAGCAGGAGACGUCUUUGUGAUUAUAUUUGAAAAUCCAAUUUUAAUUAAAAAAAUUAAAGUGAGUACUGGAACAGAAGAUCGGCAAAAUGACAUUUUGCAUCAUGGAGCCCUAGAUGUUGGGGAAAACGUUAUAGAUUUCAAACAAAGUAGACAAUGUGUUACUUACUUAAGACUAGGGGAAUUCAAAAAUGGAAACUUUGAAAUGUCAGAGGUGAAUCAAAAAAUUCCAUUUGAUAUACAUUGUAUAAGGAUAUAUGUUACCAAGGCACAAAAGGAAUGGCUGAUUAUUAGGAGUAUUAGCAUUUGGACUUUUUAGCCAAUUAAACCAAGAUGUCCAGUUCCUAAAACAGGCUUUCCUGUUUCCUUUUUUGCUACCUUCCUCUUUUGCUACUUUUGUCCUUUGGAGGGAAGGCAAUGGAUGAGACAUUUUAAAAGAAAAGCCUAAACAUUUUUGCAGUUUUGAUUUGCAUAUUGUCAACAUAAUUUUACUCUAAUACACACGAGUUUAUUUUAACUUCUGAAGUUGAGUAUCAGUCCGUUGUGAAUUUCAUUUAUAUUUUUAAUGUAAUCGUGUUUGUUCCAAAAUUUCAACUAAAUGUCAAAAAGGUGACAUGAAGGAUUCAAAAUGAGAAAAUUUAGUUUGCUGGAUGGUGAGUCUUAAAAAAUAGUGGCCAACUGUAUGCACUUCCUCAAGAAUUGAUAAUUCAUUAUGUCAUCAGAUAGCUCUUAUUAAGCAUCUGUGUGAAUAUGCAGUUGGUUAGAAUGAUAAUUUUUUUUCUUGUAAACAUAGAUUUUCAUAGACUUCCAGGCAUCUACAAUGAAUACCUCCUCAUAGAAGUGAUGUCUUUACAGCAAAAUGUUAUGUGUAGGUGAAGUUAUGGAAAGAAAAGAAAUGGCUUAAAAAUAUUUCUCCCAUGAUUAUUUAUAUAAAAAGGGGCAUUGUUCAUUGUAUAAAAACAAUUGAGCACCUAUUGUUAAUAAAUUUUCUGUGGGAAGCAGUCUUUUCUAGUUUCCCUUUUGCAAAAAAGAGUAGUUAUGCUCGAUAUUUUCAAGUUAUAUUGGGUACCUACAUUUAAUAGAAGAAAUUAGAGAAGGCCUAUAGUUAGUUCAUUCUUACAUUUUCAGUGUAUGCAGAAAAUUUUUGAAAUUGAUUUUAUAUGUUUUGUAUUAAAAUUCAUACAAUUGAAAUCGUUGUAAUCUAUCAUAUACUUUUUUUAGAGUUUAAAUGGGCAUCUUAUAAAAGAGAAAAGUAGGAAACCAAGAAAUCAGUUAACUUUUCUGUAUUCACAGCUAGUUCAUAGUAAAGCCAAAGCGAGAGAUCGGAUGUUCUGAUAUCCACAGUGCUCUUUCCCUUAUGUGGAGAUUGCUCCUCACAUAAAUUAUGCUUUCUGUUCGCCUCUACAUGAGUCUGAGAUAAUAAGUCAUGCUAUCUUGAAACAGCUAGUAUAACUCUUUCAUAAGUCUCAUUUUCAUUCUGUGGAAUAAACCUAAAAGUGCCCGAAAGGAUGCUCUUGUAUAUGCACCCAAAUGGAGAACAAACUUUGCUAACUAUUACUAUAAGGGACUGGACAGUUGUGCUAAAACCAUGUGUCCUAUCAAAGCAUUUCAGGACACCUUAGUGCAUCGUAAAGACACUGGUUGUUCAGAAUACCCUGAACUUGUCGGAUCCUCUCUAUUUUUUGACAAACAGCAAAGAUGAAGGUGCUUACUGUGAAUAUAUGAAAAGUACUUCAGGUAAAUUUAUGGAGAGACUCAAAUAUGUAUGUUUUUAUAGAUUAGAAAGCAUUUUAUUCAAUCUAUCCAAAUUGAUUAAAUUAGAAACUCAUAAAAAAUUGGGAAUUUUUUUCUUUUAUUGAUACAAUAGCUACUGUGUAUUUUUUGCAUCCAGUUGCUAUAGUAUAAUAAAGAGAAAAUGUGAAUCUAUAAAUAUUAAUAUUUCCUUGCACAACUGAGUCUUAAAGUCAAACGAAAAAAUGAACACUGCCACUAAACUAUAAUCUUUGCCUUGAUUUGGAGGAUAUUUGCCAGACACUUAAAGAUAUUCUGUUUUAUUGGCUUUUAUCAUCCUUGUUCAUUAACUGGCUAGUUGUAUAAUAUUUUACAUAUAUCUCAGAAAUUACAGAUAAUCACUUUCUCCACUUUUAAUGAUAAAAGGUACACAACAAAGACAUGUAAUAUCAAAGCUUAGGCAGACUCCUUGAAGUGAUUGUAAACUUCAUGGAGUCUGCCUAGGUUCUGAGAGUGUUUCCAAAGACCAGCCAUUGAUAUCAGCUUCUGGAAAAUGCUUCAAGAAAUAUUGCUGAGGGCGAAAUUGAACAUUUGCUAGAAAAUUAUAAAUGUAAAUGUGAUUUAAAGUGGUUACAUUUUAUCUUAAGCUUGAUCUUUUCAUUAUGGAACCCAGGUUUUAAUAAGCUGGUCAAUCACCUAAGGAUGUGUCUAUGUUUUUUUAUAGAUUAAGUGGAGGUCAACCUUUUUAAGGAAAGACUUGGACAAAGAUUCUCUAUUAGGGACACUGGGACAAAUAACCUUUCUUUUUCAAAAAGAUAAUCUGACCAAGCAUUCUUCACUUGAGUCAAUGUUGCAUUUCCUAUAUUUAAAAGUUCUGAAUAAGGCUCCUAUAAUCUUGUCUCCGAGACAUAGAGCAAAAAGACACUUAUUAGGUUUAAUCAUAUUCAAUCUGUUAUUAGGCAUAAUGUUACAUCAAUGUCUCUCUUGGCAGUUUUUUUAAAUAUGUAUAUAUAUGAACAUAUACAUAUAUAUAUAUAUACAUACACAUACAUAUAUAUAUACACAUAUAUAUAUAUAAAAUUUUCUUUGUUACAAAUAUCUAUUGAAAAAACACUGGAAUGUAACAUGACAGUUGAGGUAUUUAUUUGCUAUGUAAAUAAGAUGCUGACAGGGUUCAAGCACAAAAUAUGUACCUUAAAUAAUGUCUCAGUUUGUUUAUUGUGAACUGACUAAAAAGUUUAUUUACAUUUAAGAUUCUUCUCCUUAAGGGAGCCUUUUCAGCAUUUAUGAACAUCAAAGAAAAGCAUUUGUAAAAGCACAAUAAAAAUAUGGAAAUUACACAUUUUUGGAAAAUACACAUUAUAGCAGCAAUAACAUGUCUAGGUAUAAAAAUACAUAGAAAGUGUUAAUAGAAGCACUUUUGAAGUAUCACUAAAAACCUAUCAGCUUUUAUAACAUAGAUAUUUUCCAGAUAUAAAAAUAUAAUUUAGAAACCAAGUAUCAUUUAAAACUA